AUGGCCCCCCGUUCCAAAAACAAAGGGUCCAAAAAAGGACAUGGUUCCAACGCAGCUGCUUCCACCUCCAACGUACCUAUUUCCACCUCCAACGUACCGGAAGAACCUGCUCCCACCGAAGAACCCCCAAUAGCUACAGAAUUUGUUGAUGUGUACUGGGACCUCAACACCUGUCCUCUGGCAUAUCCUGCGGAUGGUAUAGUGGGAAGGAUCGAAACGGCUCUUAACGAGGUCAAUGCAAAUUCAAACUCUCUACGAUACGCUCUUUCCGAUACAAGAGUUAUCUGUGGAAAUGUUAACGCAUUGAGUAAAGAGGAUUGGGAUAGUCUUCAAUCUUAUGGUUUCAAAUUGGAACCAUGUGAAGAUAGACGUGCUUAUUGCAACAAUCAUAACCAAGGCCAAAGGAAGCCCAAGGAUCCUCCUCCAGAUCUGGAGUUGGAAGUGCAUUUGACCGAUCAGUCACUCAAUCCCGUAACCACGAACAUUUUGCUAAUCUCUAGCGAUUACCAUUUUGGGGAGUCAAUGGACAUCAACCGCGUGAAUGGCUACACAAUUUUCUUAGCACUCUCCGGGGAGAUACAGGGAACCGGCUACCAAGAGUAUGGAAUCGGCUACGAAGAGUAUGGGCACUAUGCUUGGUACUGGGAAUGGAUGGAGUAUGAUGGAACAGGUCUGUAUACCCCUACCCCUGAACUGUAUUAUUCUGUUAUGUCUUUUGUGUAUUAUGGUGUUAAUUGUAUCUUCCCUACAGCAGUUAUUUAA